CCGCGAACCUGGGCCAAGGCACCAACAAUAAAUCUAUUUCCUCCACCUCGCCGACGAGCCGGCUUUUCUUUCCUACAUCAUUGUCGCUUGCCGCAACAACCAACCCUCGACCGUCUGUCUACGUCUACCCAUCAAUCAGCCGUCAGAUUAUUUUCACGACCUCACCCUUACGCCAAACAACUCUUGAGCAAUGGCUCCUCCUGUCAAGAACAACGCCACUCCCAAAGACCGACGAAAGUCGAACGGGGUUGGCGUCUCCGUGAGCUCUAAUGGCGCGUCGUCCAAAGUUGUCACCCUCGCCGUGACACCAAAGAACCUACGCGCUAUUGUCGACCCUGGUUACAUCAAAGAGGAUACGCCACUUGUCAAAGAGACCAACGGUUCACCUGCCGACUCGACCGUCAUCCCUGCCGUCACGAAUUCGGCCGCUGAGAAUGCGUCCGACUCAAACGCAAACACUCCCGCAGCCGGUACCCCGGCGCCGCAGUCUGGCCCCAUGGGCCCACCGAUUGAUGGACUGAAGAAGAAGGGUGUUAAGCGGGCGGCAGGUGCUGGCGUGAAUGGCAAUGGUGAGGCCAAGGUUCGGAGCAAGCCGGGUCCCAAGAAGAAGCAAAGGCUAGAAGACGGUACCAUCGAGGGCGGCCGAGGCGGCUUGGCUGCGCACAAACUUGGACCCAAGGCUAACAUGGGCGCUAUCAACGCCGGUCUCCGAGCUCUUGAUCGGUCUGGCAAGCCUUGCCGGAAGUGGACCAGAGGUGGAUUUACCCUCAAGAGCUUCACCGGUGUUGUUUGGGAGAUUCCACGCUGGACCGCACCGCCUAAGCCACGGCCGGAACCAACGGCAGAGGAACCCACUCCUGUUUCAGCAUCCGCCGAAGGUAGCAGCAAGGAGAACAUCCCAAUGGGACAGAACGCCCAAGUCAAGAGCGAGCCAAGCAACAAUGGGGUGGAUGUCGAGAUGCAGAAUGCCCCCAGCUUUGCCGCCGCCAACUCAGCCGCGCCGUCACCGGGACCGACACCGGCACCAGCACCUGCAUCAGCACCGACAGCCAUUGCCGUAUAAUCACGGCAUUGAGUCUUCAUCACCGCUUGCAGUUUAAAGUUUUCAGUUAUAUAAAAGAACGUUGCUGUUGAAGUUUGGGCAUGGUCGGCUGGGCAAUAAGGGUUUGGGUGUUAGAAGCAUUCGAGCACGCGCACUGGAAGGAAAAGAAACAGGUUAUGGGGAGCUAUCACCCUACAAAAGCUCGUGUGCCCGCCGAGGCAGGAAGCAACAGUUUGGCGUUUAUGGCGUGUAAGCAGGGAUGCGGGAGCUGGUUUUUUUUUCCGUGUGAAUUAGAGGUGUACAUGGCCACAGCGAGGCCCGGAGUUGGCGUUUUGGUAUCAGGGGAUUCUCACGUCUGGACGACGAGUGUUGCUUACGGGCUCCACUGGCGAGUGUCUUACAGCUUUAAUAUGAGGACAUCAAGGCCUUUGAAAGCACCUAUACCCGAGCAUGUAUAUGCUGUUAUUAUUCUGGUAGUAAUUGCGCGGUGUCGCGC